AUGAAUGAACUGAUCUGCCCCAAUUUUUUCCCUGAGGGUUACUUCACAGGGAUGAAACGAUUACGAGAUGAUGGAUAUGGUAGCUCUCAAUUUAAGAGGCCAUUUGGUUCUUCCCGAGGGGAAUCAUAUGGCCAACCACAAGUCCCGGGAGGAGGAGGAAGUGAAGGGGCAGGUGCUAGUGUAGGAGGAGGAGGAGGAGGAGGAGGUGCUGGGGGUGGAGGUGGGGGAGGUGCUAGCAGUGCACAGAAACUCACAACCAAUGAUGCAUUGACUUAUUUAAAGGAGGUCAAAGACAUGUUUCAAGAUCAGAGAGAGAAAUAUGACAUGUUUCUUGAUGUGAUGAAAGAUUUUAAAGCUCAAAGAAUUGAUACUACUGGUGUCAUAGCAAGGGUGAAAGAAUUAUUUAGAGGUCACAAUAAUUUAAUUUUUGGAUUUAACACCUUCUUGCCCAAGGGUUAUGAAAUUACUGUUAUUGAGGAGGAUGAGGUGCCACCAAAGAGAACCGUGGAGUUUGAAGAAGCUAUAAGCUUUGUAAACAAAAUAAAGAAACGUUUUCAAAAUGAUGAUCAUGUUUACAAAUCAUUUUUGGACAUCUUGAACAUGUAUAGAAAAGAGCACAAGGGUAUCAACGAAGUCUAUCAUGAGGUAGCCUCACUUUUUGAUGAUCAUCCGGAUCUUCUUGAUGAAUUCACAAGAUUUUUACCGGAUGCUUCUGCUGCUGCAUCUGCACAUCAAGCUUCGUUAGGGCGGCAUGCAUAUGAACGGAGCUCAGGUGGGGUCCCACUCAGACUGGCACAGAUGGAUAAGCAACGAGGGAGGAGAGAUAGGGUCAAUGGUCCACAUGCUGAAAGGGACACGAGUGUUGAUUGUCCUGACAUGGAUGAUAAAUCAAUGAUGAAACUUCACAAGGAGCAGAGGAAGAAGGACAACAGGGAGAGGAGAAAUAGUGAUGAUCCUGAUCUUGAUAACAACAGGGAUAGGGACAUCAAACGAAAAUCUGCACGUAAAGUGGAAGAUUUUGGAGUACAUUCAGGUUCAGCUCCAUAUGAUGAUAAAGAUGCCCUCAAAAGUAUGUAUAGCCAAGAAUUUACUUUCUGUGAGAAUGUGAAGAGUAGAUUACGCAAUCCAGACGAUUAUCAAGCAUUCUUGAAAUGCCUUCAUAUAUACAGUACAGAAAUAAUUACCAGGAAGGAAUUACAGAGCUUGGUUUCUGAUUUACUUGGGAAGCAUACAGAUCUUAUGGAAGGAUUUGGUGCAUUUUUGGAACGUUGUGAAAACAUAGAUGAGUUCCUUGCUGGUGUUAUGGACAAAAAAGCUUUAUGGAAUGUUUCUAAGUCAACAAGGACAGAUGAGAAAGAAAGGGAACAUAGGCGUGACAUUGAUGCUAAUAAAGAAAAAGACAGGUACAAAGAGAAGUAUUGGGGGAAGUCUAUUCAAGAGCUUGACCUUUCUAAUUGUCAGCGUUGUACUCCUAGCUACAGACUUCUUCCUGAUGAUUAUCCGAUUCCAUCAGUAAGCCAAAGAUCAGAGCUUGGUACUCAAGUACUGAAUGAUCUAUGGGUGUCUGUGACUUCUGGUAGUGAGGAUUACUCAUUUAAACAUAUGCGUAGAAACCAAUAUGAAGAAAGCCUGUUUAGAUGCGAAGACGAUAGGUUUGAGCUGGACAUGUUGUUGGAGUCUGUGAGUUCAACUAUUAAACGUGCUGAAGAAUUGCUUAAUGGAAUUAACGACCGUUCGAUUGGUUCAGAUGCACCCAUCCGUAUGGAAGACCACUUCACAGUUCUGAAUUUACGAUGCAUUGAACGUCUGUAUGGUGAUCAUGGUCUUGAUGUGAUGGACACACUGCGUAAAAACCUUCCUGUUGCAUUGCCUGUUGUAUUGAUUCGCAUGAAACAGAAACAAGAGGAGUGGACAAAGUGUCGUUCAGAUUUUAACAAAGUUUGGGCUGACAUUUAUUCAAAGAACCAUUACAAAUCACUUGACCACCGCAGCUUCUAUUUCAAGCAACAAGAUUCAAAGAAUUUGAACCCCAAAUGCUUAGUGGCUGAGAUUAAAGAAAUAAAGGAAAAGAGCCAGAAAGACGAUGAUGUCCUUCUUAGUAUUGCAGCUGGAAAUCGACACUCUAUUGUCCCGAAUCUUGAGUUUGAGUUUAAUGACAAGGAUAUUCAUGAAGAUUUAUUUAAACUUAUUAAAUAUUCAUGCGAAGAGAUUUGCACAACCAAGGAACAAUUAAACAAAGUAUUGAAACUUUGGACCACAUUCUUGGAGCCAAUGCUUGGUGUUCCUUCUCGCCCUGACAAUGUUGAAGAUGUUGAGACAUCUGCCAAAAAUGAAGGUACAGCUGGCGAGAGCGAUGGGAGUCCAGGUGCUGAUAGUGGCACAGGUAACCUUAACAUCAAGCAAGGAAAACAAACUUCCAAUGGCGAUGAUGUAAUUUCGCCAAAAAGAGUAGAUUCAAGUAAGAACACCUUGGUCAAUGGAGUUGCUUUGACCAAAGAAGAUGGACUGAGAGUAGAGAAAGAGGUGAAGAAUGUUGGUGAAAAAGAUAUCCAAGGACGCGAUCCAACUCUUUCAAAACCAAAUAACGUUCAUGAAGAUGGUCAAACAAAGUCAAACAUCGAUGAAGCAGUGGCAAAUGGAAGUUUUACUAAAGCACCCAAUGUUCUGAAAUAUGAUGAACCUUCUAAAUUUGAGAAAGAAGAGGGAGAGUUAUCACCGAAUGGUGAGUUUGAUGAUGCUGACUUUGCUGUAUAUGAUGAGGACAGUGAGAAUGUUCCGGAAGGUGGUGAUGUGUCAGGUAGUGAGUCUGCUGCUGAUGAAUGUUCAAGGGAAGAGAAUGAAGAAGAUGGAGAUCAUGAUGAUGUUGAUGGGAAAGCAGAAAGUGAAGGAGAGGCUGAAGGGAUAGAGGAUGAAAACGGGACUUCAUCAUUGCAAUCUUCAGAACAUUAUUUGGUCACUGCAAAACCAUUGGCAAAACGUGUGGCUUCUCCAUUGCAUAAUGGUGGGAAAAAAGAUUAUAAUGUCUUUUAUGGAAAUGAGAACUUUUAUGUACUUUUCAGGCUCCAUCAAGUUUUAUAUGAUAGAUUAUUGUCAGCUAAACUUAAUUCGAUAUCUGCUGAAACAAAGUGGAGAGCUACUAAGGACACACCCUCACCUGAUUUGUACUCCAGAUUCAUGAGUGCUCUAUACAGUCUGCUCGAUGGAACAUCUGACAAUGCAAAAUUUGAAGAUGAUUGCCGGGCGAUUAUUGGAAAUCAAUCUUAUGUGUUAUUUACAUUGGGGAAGCUAAUUUACAAGCUUGUUAAACAGCUUCAAAAUGUUGCAGGUGAUGAAGUGGACAUGAAACUUCUUCAGUUAUACGAGUAUGAAAGAGCUCGGAAGCCUGAGAAAUUUCUUGAUUCUGUAUACUUUGAAAAUGCACAUGUCCUCCUUCAUGAGGAGAACAUAUACAGAUUUCAAUGUUCAUCUGGCCCAUCUUGUUUAACCAUUCAGCUGAUGGAUGUUGGGAAUGAAAAGACUGAAGUGGUUGCGGUUUCUGUGGAUCCUAAUUUUUCAGCUUAUCUUCACAAUGAUUUUCUUUCUGUUGUGCCUGGAAAAAAGGAAUCUGGUAUUAUGUUGCAGAGAAAUAAACGGCAAUUCUCAGGCAUGGAUGAAUCUUCUGCUAUGUCAGCUGCCAUGGAAGGCGUACAUGUGGUGAAUGGUUUGGAGUAUAAGAUGUCUUGCAGCUCAUCAAAGAUCUCCUAUGUCCUCGAUACAGAAGAUUUCUUCUUCCGUGAAAGAAGAAAAAGAAAAAACGUCCCAUCAACUUCUCGUCAUGCCAUUGCCCACACAAGACUACAACGCUUUCACAGAUUCUUAGCAUUAGCAACUUCAGAAUCUUGAUGGUAAAAAGUAAAGCUGAAAUGGGUUGGGGUAAGUAAGGUAAACUUAACAAGUGGCUUGUGAAGUUGAUAUAGUUACAAACUACAAACAAUUGGAUAUGACUUAAAGUUAUGAGCCAUGAGUUUGUGUAAAUAGGCUUGGAGAUUUCAUGAGGUCUGUCUCUCUCUCAUCAUCAUCAUCUAAUUGCUUCUCUAUUUUUGUUGUGCUGCUUGCUUGCUACACA